AACUCUCAACCUCUUGAAAGAAUUGGAAAAACGAAAGGCAGAAAAGAGAAAAGCGGCAAUUCUCUAUCUUGACUGGUUUCGGGAGGAAAGUAAUGGGAGAGGCGUUGGGUUCGAGCGGUUCUUCUAUCGCCAUUGACUCCUCCAACAUUGGUUUCCAGCUAUUGAAGAAGCAUGGAUGGAAAGAAGGCACUGGUCUUGGUAUAUCUGAGCAGGGUAGAUUAGAGCCUGUACAAGCAUAUGUGAAGAACAAUAAAAGAGGCCUGGGAGCAGAGAAGAAGAAGAGAAAGACACCACAGCCUAUUGUUACUACUGAUUCCAAGGGAAAAGCUGAUGAGGAACAGACAUCUUCAAAGAAGACCAAGGCAGUUUCCAAAAGGAUGCGGAAGAUGCAAGAACGGGAAAAGCAUCAGCAAGAAAAGGAAUUCGAGCGAGCCUUUUUUAGGGAGUUUUGGCCAGAUAAUGUUUGACUAGCUACUAUGCCCUUUGUCCUUUGUCUCCUUUUAAAAUUCCUUUUUCUCCCUUCAAAGGCUUGUCUUUAGAAUGUUUACAGGCUGUUUGAAUCUAUAGAUUCCCAAUUCUGUCGUUGUCUUUCAUUUUUGAUGUAUUAUAUUCUCUUGGUGGCAACUGGAGAG